AGUAGUCACAGAAUUGUCUGCGCAAUGAGCAAGCUAGAUCCUCCCACUUUUAUGCUAUAUCUAAGAGGGGCGUGGCAGCUAUGUUUAUCAGACCUUAUUGUACAAAGGAGCUAACCUAAAGUUAAAGGAGGAUACUAUCCAGGUAAUUCUAGUUGAAGAGGAUAUAGUUUCUUUUUCUAUAUUCUAUAUGUAGAUCUACUUCAUUUCCUAUCCCAUUGGAAAAGCCUGGGACAGAAUUAAGAAAUGGACAGAUUCAUUGCUAGCCUUCGUCGGAAGUACAAAGAAAGACUCUUGAACCGUCAAGUGCAAUGGCCACCAGUUAGAGGAGACAGGCUAAUCAACUUGCAGUUAGUGGAGGCUGAAAAAGAAGAAGGAUUUAGAGCCGGCUUGCCACAACAUGGUGCACCUGAUGAUAAGCUCAAACGCACUUCAAUUCUCCAUGGCGACCUAUUCCGAGUCGAAGAAGGCAAGGAACCAGUGAGGAAGCUCAUCGUUGAAGGCAAUGCUGGGAUCGGUAAAACCACACUGUGUACCAUGCUUGCUGAAGGGUGGGCAGAGGACAAGAUCCUGACACAAUUCGACUGUGUUCUAUUGCUUCCACUAAGAGAGAAUCAAGUAUCCUCUGCCACAAGUCUCGCUGAACUGCUCCAACUUCUCCACUCCAGUGAGAGGAUCCAAACAUCUGUUAUAGAAGAGUUGGAAGAGAGAGAGGGAGAAGGUGUCCUCAUCAUAGCUGAUGGCUGGGACGAGCUCAGUAUAGAAAACUGUUCCAAAGUGUCAUUUCUGUACAACCUUCUCUUUGGGCACAUUCUUUCUUUCGCUUCUGUUCUCCUCACCUCACGACCUUCUGCUUCAGCUCCUCUUCACGACCUUCCUUCUGUGAACCGUUUGGUUGAGGUAGUCGGAUUUAACGAGGAAAAUAUCAAGCAGUACAUAGAAUCAGAGUUUGAGCAAUUCCCAGAGAAAAGUUCUUCUCUUAUCGAGCAGCUUGAGAACAACCCAGUCAUUCAGAGUGUGUGUUCUGUGCCCCUCAAUUGUGCCAUUGUUUGUAACUUGUGGCACAUUUUAGAGCAAGAACUUCCUCGUACCCUAUCUGAGCUGUACACUCAAAUUGUGUUUAACAUUAUCCUUCGCAGUAUCAAGAAAACAUUUACUGAUUGUUCGAUUGGCCUCAAUAGUUUUGACGAGAUUCCGAAUAAUCUACAAGACACAUUUUGGUUGAUCUGUGAGUUUGCCUAUGAGUGCUUAUUAUUAGAUCAACUGGUUUUCUCAGAAGCUGAAUUGUCCUCUCGCUUACCCGAAGUUGGUGACAAGUUGCUGUGUUUUGGUCUGUUGCAGUCUGCACAAUCACUUCUACCUGGUGGUCAUGGCUUGUCUUUUCACUUUGCUCACCUGACCAUCCAAGAGUACUUGGCUGCCCUCCAUCUUGCUACUCUACCCAAUGAAGAGAAACUGAAGGUUGUUGAGGCUCAUGCUGACAGUGGCCGGUUUGACAUGGUGUGGAGAUUUAUGUUUGGCCUUGCUAGUAAACACAAUGGUAGUCGUAGCAAUAAAGUGACCAGUUUGGACGAUGGUUUGAUGGAUCAAUUCCUGAUUGUUAAAAGGCAGAAUAAUUUGAUUUUAUGUCAUGUGGCUUUCGAAAUUUCCGAUCCUGGCUUUGCUAUUAAAAUUUGUGAACAUUUAAUUGUUGGACAAUAUGCAUUAAUCAGCUAUUUAAACAGCCCUUUUGACUGUGUAGCUAGGCUCUAUGUUCUUCGUCAUGCUGCACACUGUGAUGAUAUGAUUAUUAGAAUAGUUAAUUGUGCAUUCAAUGACAAGUUGUUAACGGAAAUAACAGACGUACUUUCGAAUGCGAAUGGUAAACUGCAAGUUCGAUUUUUAUCUUUCGUGCAGACAAAGUUGUCUGACAAAGGUGUUGCUGAUUUAUUCAAGAGAGCCUAA